GUAGCAGUGUUGGCUAGGCCGCCGCCACGGCCGGUCUUAGAUGGGCGAGCUACAAUAUCCAGGCGCUGCCAGCGUCACGGACGACGAGAGGCAAUACCGCGCCCCGUUCAGGCGAGCGCCCCAGUACAGGUGGCCAGCGCCCGCGCCCCCACAGCCCUCGGCCUUCGCCCCGUGGCGUAGAGCGCCCGCUCCGCCGCGACCGCCCGACUACAGACGCAGUGCGUCUUACCCAGGAAAGCCUGAUGAAGGAUUCCAGGACCGAAGCGGCUUGGACAGUAUGCGUUCAUUAGAACACUAUUUAACGGACAUCAUGAGGGCGGACACGUCUGAAAAUAUGAAAAGCAAGUCGCCUUUCUUUCCCGGAGUGGAGGAAGGUGCCGGUGCUGCCGGGGCGGGGUCGCCUGCCGUCUCCGGGGACCAAACGCAGGAUGUCGUGAACCGACUCAGCGCCGCCGGUCUUUCGAUGUGCGUGAGUGCGCUCGGAUCGCCGGCGCGGUCGUCACCAGUGUCCGCCGGCUCUGAGCACGGCGAGCGAUUUAGCCGUAAAGUAUUUGUCGGCGGAUUGCCACCAGACAUCGACGAAGACGAGAUAACGUCUUCGUUUCGUCGCUUCGGGCCGCUGGUGGUAGACUGGCCUCACAAGGCUGAGAGCAAAAGCUAUUUUCCGCCCAAGGGUUACGCGUUUCUGCUGUUUCAAGAUGAAAGUUCGGUGGCUGCUCUGAUGGAAGCGUGCAUCACUGAUGAGGACAAGCUGUAUUUGUGUGUGUCGUCACCGACCAUCCGCGACAAGCCGGUCCAGAUCCGACCGUGGCGGCUGGCGGACGCUGACUUCGUGCUGGACGCGAGCAUGCCGCUCGACCCGAGGAAGACCGUCUUCGUGGGAGGAGUGCCGCGUCCACUUAAAGCCGUCGAGCUUGCGAUGAUCAUGGACCGGCUGUACGGCGGAGUUUGCUAUGCCGGAAUCGACACUGACCCCGAACUCAAAUACCCGAAGGGCGCCGGACGGGUUGCGUUUUCGAACCAGCAGUCGUACAUAGCGGCCAUCUCGGCGCGGUUCGUGCAGCUGCAGCACGGCGACAUUGACAAGCGCGUCGAGGUGAAGCCGUACGUGUUGGACGACCAGAUGUGUGACGAGUGCGCCGGAGCGCGGUGCGGCUCGAAGUUUGCGCCGUUCUUUUGCGCCAACGUCACUUGUCUACAGUAUUAUUGCGAGCACUGCUGGGCGACGAUCCACUCUCGGCCCGGGCGCGAGUUCCACAAGCCACUGGUGAAGGAGGGCGCCGACCGACCGCGUGCCGUGCCCUUUCGCUGGUGUUAACAAUCUACGGCGACGACGACUACCGACGGACAACAGACAGCCGAGUCUGCGUAUGUAACUUGACGUUCUAUAGCUUGACGAUUGACUGGUGCCAGCCAUAGCGACUAACCUUUCGUCGCUGGCAACAACAUCUGGGUCUCUAUGUAAAUGACUGUGUUUUUGUUUUUCUAUAAUUUGCCAACUGUCUCGCCGCUUGACAUAAUUGUCGGCGUCCGAACUGUAAAUUGCCAACGUCUGUGCGGGGAUGCUGCAAAGAUGUUGGCAAUCGGUGAGACUUGGCCGAGAAGGUCUUGUUUGAGAAAUUGCGAACAAAACACAUUUGUGUCCAAUAAACGAAAUUUAACGUUCAAUUAGAAAUGCUUUAACGUUUAUCAUAAAUAAAAAGCAGCACGUGUUUUUUUAAAUAUUGCCUUUAAGUGGCCGGCGUCGAUAAUUUUUCAAACAAGACCUCUGAAUUUUUUUUCAACAGACAAUACCGUGAAACUACGAUUUUAGUAGAAAAUUUAAAAACUCCGCAACAUUAUCACGGACGUGACUCGCGAAUUACGGAUUAGUAUCGAGAUGUUUCUAAAUUUUGGACGCUUGUGGUUUUCGCGUCUAGAAUGCUGCAUUAUUUACUACUAAUAAUUAUUAAUGUUAAGCAAAAUAUAUAGAUUCAAGUACAAUAAUUACUACCAUUUUUUCCUAUAAACUCGCUUUCGACAUUAAUGCAACCAAGUUUAGUCGAUUACGGUACAGUUGCUAUUUUCGUGAGCGGGUUUGUUGAAAAUGGUUUUCUUAUAUAAGCAGAAUGUAACCUGAAUUAGCUAGCAUCUGUCCGUUUGUUGUUUGCGGCGACGUAUAUUGCGCGCGGUCGCAUUUUAGAUUACGUGGCCGUGCACUCGUUUAGAUAUUAAACGUUGAGAGACGAUUGGUCUUGAUUUCUUGAAGGGUUCUUCAUUAAGAGCACCAUAGGAGGAAUUCAGCUCGAACUUGGAUGAGCAAUAGUCUAUUCCACGAGCAGUAGGUGCGUUCUCCUUUGGGUGCUCUAUGAGGAAAUCACAAAGUAAAACUGUACCUGUGUAGCUAGUAUAAAUUCUUGUGUUUUUUUAAAAAUUAGUUUUCGUUCGGUAUUGUCGACUGGGAGUCGAACGUUGGUGCGUUCUCGAAUAUUCUGUGGUUGUUGUUUGUUGUCUUUUUCCUUUCGUGUUACUACUGCGUUUGAUGUACACUGGUUAUUUGUGUUGAUUGAUUUGAGAAUAUGCCUUGCCGUUUUAAUGGUUAAGUUUUGUAUUGUAAAAAGGUUGUAAAGGCUAUUAUGGUAACGGGUUUCGAUGAUUUUUUUGUUUUGAUGGAUUCUGAUUUUAUGGCAUUGUUAUAAGCGCUAUGAUGACGGGUAGACUCUUGCCGCGAAUCUGGAAUGUUCGGAAUCCGCUAAAACUGACAAUCACGGUAAGAUCCCGAUAAAAUCGAUAAGUGCAAGGAAUAUAAUAUUGUAAAUCAGCCCUUUCUAAAUAUGACUCACAAUGUUGUUCCUUGCACGUGUCGUAAUAAUUUGUGCUGUGAAAAUAGUUGCUGAGAAAUUUGAGAUAGAUUUUGGUGAUUUAAUCCUGGUAAUUUAUAAAAAAUUCGUAUAGGCAUUUCUCAGUCGAUCAACGCGAAUAAACUACAGUUGUUUGAUCGUGUUUUUUUCGUUCUAAAGAAAUGACUCAAGUUGAUCAAUUUUCGAUGAUUUGCUUUUCGAAUUAAAAGUAAACUACACAUUAAAAAACAAAUUAAUACUAUCUUUAUGAGUAAAUUUGAGUAAAGCCUUUGACGAAACGCGCGAUCAAACUUGAUAAUGACUUUUGUUGUCUCUUGUCAUCCUGGGAGGCGUUUAGUGGAGGGGGAGGAGUGUUAGUACAAAAUGGAGGCACGUUAUGACGACGAGGCUGAUUCACUUGGUUUUUUGGGUACUUUAAUUUGGUAAUUUUUAUAUCUCGUCGUCAAAAACGAGUCUUAGUCCUUUUUGAAGAGUUACCAAUAAUUGGGCUGUAGAUUUUUUAUGUAUGUAGCGUAUUUUAAUAUAAUAUAUAUAUAUUUAACCAAAUGAAAUAUAUUUUCAAUUCGCCGGGAUAGUGCAAUGGACUAGUAGGUUUUGAAAAUUUAGUGUAAAAAAUCUUUUUUUUUUUGUACGUAUAAAACUGUUGCUAAAC